UGUCUUUUCCGGCCCGGCGCGCCCUCCGCCCGAGGCGGACCCCUCCGGCUCGCGGGGAUCGCCCCGGAGCGGCUGCGUCCUCCGGGUGGGUGAGUGAGCGCCCCGCGGCACCGCGCUGUGGGGUGCACCUGGCCAAGGAGGAGGAGAUCUUGGCCCCCCCGCACGCUGCUGCGGGAGCGGUGGGCAGGAGCCGGCUCGGAGGAGGAGGACGCGGGGGAUCUUGUGUUGCGCGAUGCGAGCCGGCCUGCGUUUCUGUUUUGGUGGCCGAGGGGUGUAUUUGGGCUGGUAGAGUUUGGGGGACGCCUCGUGUGGAUGAGAGGAAUCUGGGAGGCAAAGGAGGGGAGGAGGGGACUUGAGAUGGCUUGAGGGAGAGGCUCUGCCGAGGGUGAGGCUUUGGAAGAUUUGGAAGUUUCUUAAUGCCUGUGGGCAAGGUGAUUGCCUUGGGGGGACUUGGGCGGGGCAGCGCAGGACUCAGGAGGAGGGGGUGAGGAAGGCUUUCUGCCGGUAAGUUACUUCCCUUUUGGGGGGUUUGCUUCCUCUCGUACUGCUAGUUAAGGAACGAGAGGCUGGAGAAGCCUGCGCUGCCAGAAGGUCUUUGCCCCUUUCCAGAACCGGUGCCAUCCACAGUCUCAGGGACAUGUGGGAAGGGGUGGACCCCAGGAGCUGGGAGGGCCCUGACACCCAUGCAGAGGGGCUUUGGGUCCACCUUUGUGGGGCAGUGGCUGGGACCAUCUGCAGCCCCACAGGCUCUUUCGAGUUUCUGGCCUCCUAACCCAUCUGUGGCUUCCUCUGCCUGCACUCAGCCAUGGCCAGCGAGAGCUCACCUCUGCUGGCCUACCGGCUCCUGGAAGAGGAGGGGGCUGCCUUCCCUGCCAGUGGGGCCGGGGGUCCUGGAGGGGUGUCUGCUCGGAAGCUGUCCACUUUCCUGGGUGUGGUGGUGCCCACUGUCCUGUCCAUGUUCAGUAUAGUUGUCUUCCUGAGGAUUGGGUUCGUGGUGGGCCACGCUGGGCUGCUGCAGGCCUUGGCCAUGCUGCUGGUUGCCUACUUCAUCCUGGCGCUCACUGUCCUCUCUGUCUGUGCCAUCGCCACAAAUGGAGCCGUGCAGGGAGGUGGAGCCUACUUUAUGAUCAGCCGGACCCUGGGGCCUGAGGUCGGGGGCAGCAUUGGCCUCAUGUUCUACCUGGCGAACGUCUGUGGCUGUGCCGUCUCCCUGCUGGGGCUCGUGGAGGCCGUACUUGAUGACUUUGGGGCUGAUGCCACAGGGCCCAGUGGGCUCCGGGUCCUGCCCCAGGGCUACGGCUGGAGCCUGCUCUAUGGCUCCUUGCUGCUGGGCCUCGUGGGUGGGGUCUGCACACUGGGAGCUGGCCUCUAUGCCCGGGCCUCCUUCCUUACAUUCCUGCUGGUCUCUGGCUCCCUUGCCUCAGUGCUGGUCAGUUUUGUGGCUGUGGGGCCCAGGGACAUCCCCCUGCCUCCUCGGCCUGGCCCCAAUGGCUCCUCCCUGCCGCCCCGGCUUGGCCACUUCACUGGCUUCAACAGCAGCACCCUGAAGGACAACCUCGGUGCUGGCUACGCUGAGGACUACACCACGGGGGCCAUGAUGACCUUUGCCAGUGUCUUUGCCGUCCUCUUUAACGGCUGCACAGGCAUCAUGGCCGGGGCCAACAUGUCAGGGGAGCUGAAGGACCCCAGCCGGGCGAUACCCUUGGGCACGAUUGUUGCUGUUGCCUAUACUUUCUUCAUCUACAUCCUGCUUUUCUUCCUCUCCAGCUUCACCUGUGACAGGACCCUGCUGCAGGAAGACUACGGGUUCUUCCGCGCCAUCAGCCUGUGGCCGCCAUUGGUGUUGAUUGGCAUCUAUGCCACGUCGCUCUCGGCAUCCAUGAGCUCACUCAUAGGUGCCUCUCGCAUCCUUCACGCCCUGGCCCGGGAUGACCUCUUUGGAGUGAUCUUGGCACCAGCCAAAGUUGUGUCCCGAGGGGGAAACCCCUGGGGGGCUGUACUGUAUUCCUGGGGCCUAGUGCAGCUGGUGCUCCUUGCUGGGAAGCUGAACACACUGGCCGCUGUUGUCACCGUCUUCUACUUGGUGGCCUAUGCUGCAGUGGACCUGUCCUGUCUGAGCCUGGAGUGGGCCUCGGCCCCCAACUUCCGCCCCACCUUCAGCCUGUUCUCCUGGCAUACCUGCCUGCUGGGCGUGGCCUCCUGUCUGCUCAUGAUGUUUCUCAUCAGCCCUGGGGCCGCCGGCGGCUCCCUGCUCCUCAUGGGCCUGCUUUCUGCCCUGCUCACGGCUCGUGGGGGCCCCAGCAGCUGGGGCUAUGUCAGCCAGGCCUUGCUUUUCCACCAGGUGCGUAAGUACCUGCUCCGGCUGGACGUUCGGAAGGAUCACGUGAAGUUCUGGCGGCCCCAGCUGCUGCUCCUGGUGGGGAACCCCCGGGGUGCCCUGCCUCUGCUGCGGUUGGCCAACCAGCUCAAGAAGGGAGGGCUUUAUGUGCUGGGCCACGUCACCCUGGGAGACCUUGACUCCCUGCCCUCAGACCCUGUGCAGCCGCAGUACGGGGCGUGGCUGAGCCUGGUGGACCGGGCCCAAGUUAAGGCCUUUGUGGACCUGACCCUCUCGCCCUCUGUGCGCCAGGGAGCUCAGCAUCUUCUGCGAAUCUCAGGCCUGGGUGGCAUGAAGCCCAACACGCUGGUUCUGGGUUUCUACGAUGACACGCCACCACAGGACCACUUCCUGGCAGAUCCAGCUUUCUCUGAGCCUGUGGACAGCACCAGGGAGGGUGGGUCCCCAGCCUUGAGCACCCUGUUCCCUCCACCCCGGGCUCCUGGGAGUCCCCGGGCACUCAGUCCCCAGGACUACGUGGCCACUGUGGCGGAUGCCCUCAAGAUGAACAAGAAUGUGGUUCUGGCCCGAGCCUGCGGGGACUUGCCCCCUGAGCGGCUGAGCCGGGGGUCUGGGGGGACCUCUCAGUUGCAUCAUGUGGACGUGUGGCCCCUCAACCUGCUUCGGCCCCGGGGUGGGCCUGGCUACGUGGACGUCUGUGGCCUCUUCUUGCUGCAGAUGGCAACCAUCUUGGGCAUGGUGCCUGCUUGGCACAGUGCCCGGCUCCGGAUCUUCCUGUGCCUGGGGCCUAGGGAGGCCCCUGGGGCAGCCGAGGGGCGACUCCGGGCACUGCUGAGCAAACUGAGGAUCCGGGCCGAGGUGCAGGAGGUGGUGUGGGGCGAGGGGGCCGGGGCCGGGGCCCCAGAGGAGGAGGAGGAGGGGGACUUUGUGAACAGUGGGCUGGGAGACACAGAGGCAGUGGCCCUGGCACGAAGCGCCAACGCCCUGGUUCGGGCCCAGCAGGGGCGCGGCACAGGAGGAGGGCCUGGUGGGCCUGAGGCUGGCAGGGAUGACGUGGGACCUGCCACGGCCCUCACCUUCCUAUACCUGCCUCGGCCGCCUGCGGAUCCUGCCCGCUACCCCCACUACCUGGCACUGCUGGAGACUCUGAGCCAUGACCUGGGCCCCACGCUGCUCAUCCACGGUGUCACCCCUGUCACCUGCACUGAUCUCUGAGCCCCCUUCCUCCAGGGGUGGGUAGGGGGCCCAGGCUCUUGGCCCAUCCUGAUUCGUGGAGGAGGACAACGAAGAGGAAGAGGAGCAGGAGGGAAGCACCGCCUCCUGCUGGCCCUGCCCUUGGGACGUCUAGCCCCGCUGGGGUUUUAAGGGGAUCCUGGGCUUGGGCUUCUCCUUUGGUAGAGGGACCCUGGUGCACUAAUGUGGGGCGCAGUCCCCACCGAGCAGGGGAAGGAAUCCGCAGCCUCCCGGGCUGGCCUCCCUUCACUGGUGCCUUGGCGCGAGGGGCUGGGUCUCCUCCGCGACUCUAGGCUACCUCAGUCUCCCCAUCCUCGUCAGACUCACCGGCCCACGCGGGGUGGCGAAGUUUGUUAUGUUUUAUUUUUCUAACUCUGCUGACCAUGAAUAAAAGACCAAAAGACUAC